AAUCAUGUGCUAAACACGCAUAUGAACAUCAAAGGGUCUGAGCUGUUCUGGGUUCAGAGGUGAAGAAGUACAACUUUACGCGCGAGAACACAACAAAAAUGUCCCUUCUCUCAAAACUAAACACGGAGGACUAACAUGCUCCUGUCCACACUUCACUACGGUUCAGAAGGAAUGAUUCUUUCAGAAGAUCUUUCUGUUGAAUCAUGGCAUCAAAGGGAAUCAAGAAUGACAGUCCUGACAGUGAUGACAGCAUGGAUGGAGGACGUCCAAGCUUCUCUGCUGAAGAGAGAGAACUUCUACAUAAGCUCCUGAAAACCAGUGAUGAGUUUCUAAAACAUAAUGAAGAACAUCAGCCUGAAAUCCAGGGGUUUAUCGCUCAGCUGAAGGAGAAGACCGAUGAGUUACUUCAUCUACAGAGUAGACUGACCAAAGCUGUUACAGUAUAUGCAGUUUCAAUAAUCGUUGCAGCCUUUUGCUUUGGAAUAUUUUUGCAGGAUUUACUUACAAAUGAUGAUUCCUGGUACAUACCAGUCUACACGACUGUUGUUGGUGCAGUUUUAGGUUACAUAGGCUACAGAAUACGUAUAGGAAGGAGGAAAAAAUCAGAUUGGGUAAAGACUGUGGAAACAAUCAAGGGAAUAGCUGCUCAAAUUACUGACUGCCUAAACAACAUCUACAACCUUGCUGAGAAGAUUCUACACUGUCACGGAAUGUUCUAUGUGCAGCAUCAUCAACGACAGAGCCUCCAAUACCGCACAGAGGCUGUUUCAGAGCUGGUUAAACUUUUUAGGCCAGACCAGCUGUGGAAACUGCUUAAGGAAAAGAACAUUCUGGAUUUAAAAGCAGAUGUGGAGAAGCUCGGUCCUCCUCUGCAUCUCAUAACUAAAGAAAAAUGGAAAACAUCUGAAACAAGGCACAAGAAACAAAAAUCCAGAGAGUCAAAGAAAAAAAGGACAAAACAGGUGAUGAUGCAGGAGGAAUCAGAAGCAGAGCAGCUUGACCGAAAGAUGAGAGAAACGGACAAGAAGUUGAAGAAACUCUUGAGCGAACUGAGGAACUCAAAGGAAGAAGUGGAGAACAGGAUUGUUCGCAAACUUAAUGAGCGCUUUAACCAAUAGACAUAAUUAUACAAAUGUUAUCAAGAUGUAUAAAAGGGUGUCUACAUUCCUUUAGUUUAUAAUCAAUUGCAUGACAGUAUUUAGUACAUUAAAGCAGCGGUUCUCAAACUGGGGGUCAUGGCAGGCACAAAGUGCUAGGGGGUAAAAGGGGCACAGAAAAAUGUUACAUGUUUUUGUCUGACCUGUAUACAAUUUUCAGUUAUGUCCAUUCAUUAUAGUCCAAUUUGCCCACAUAUAAAAGCUAUGUAUGAUAAUAAAACUUGCAGAUAAAAGUUGCAAAACCUUCCAUUUCUGGUCAGAAUACGGUGAGGGGGUGGGGGUUGCAGUGGCACUUACCGUCUACAUAGGGGGCUUUAUUACAUCCUGUCAUUAUUACCUAUGUGAGCUCUCUAUAUUACACAUGUUGAGUGACGAAAUCCUGCUUUAGCUUCCUAUAAUUGGUCUGAAAGUUAAAGCAAUCUAGAAAAGUUUUUGUACACGGCAUUUGGUUUAAUAGAUCCAGAAUAGAACCUACUUUUGGUCCUGUGGUCCAAACUGUGGUUCACAACAACUUGCAGAUCUCCUAUUUUGGUUUGGACCAAACUGAAAAGGCCAGAAGUUCAGACCAAACAAGGCAGGUGUGAAAGCAUUCCAAGAAAAGUUUGAGAGUAGCAUGUGGUGACCAUGUCAAUUGCCUUGCCCAGAUGGUCAGCCUUUUCAUAACACACAUUAGUAUUUUUAUUUUAAGAGAUUUUAAAUAAUUGCUAAAAAUGUGAUUUUUUUAAUGGUUUUAUUUUAGGUUGUUUUUGUGAGCAUAUCCCUGUGUUGGGUAAUGUUCAGAAAAAAUGUAAACUUUGAACCAAACUCUGUACCUUCAAACAUGCACACAAUGAUAUCUAGUACUUUUAACACUGUAUUUACUUUUAUCUCUCUGUUAAAGAAGGUAAUGUAAUUUUACAGGCAAUAUCCUUUUAGCAAUUUGUCCAAAUAUGCUCAAAUAUUAAGCGUAACAAUGUUCUAUGUUCUAUGCAGAUGUUUUUAUUGUUGUGAUGUUAAAUGUCUCCGUAGAGAUCCCCAGCAAACAUUGAUGGGGGAAUCUGACAUGGCUUCAUUCUUCAGAAGUAAUGCACUGUUGAUUGGGAAAUUAUGACACUCCAAAAUAAUGCACUUCACCCAACACAUACAGCAUUAUGGUUCAGCCAUAGAUUGCAGAUUAUCUUAUUAAUAUAUUUAUUGCAGUUUUAUUGUGUACAGGUCACAUGUUUGUGACCUACGAGGUACCCCUGGUCUGAAGCGCUGUGUAGUAACUGCCUGGGCCAGUAGAGGGAGCCAACAUGUCAGACACGAUUUUAACAAAAUGUAAAAAAAAAUGUCUCAACUUCUGGUAUAUAUGUUCU